GCAGCUUGUUUGUCUCUCGAGUUGACUAAGUCCGCUCCGCCCAUAUUGAACCCCUUUUAAGUGAAUGUUCCAAACCAUCGGGUCUAGCUCAUGCACCCAAUUUAUUUGAAAUGCAAAUGGCCAUCCAUCCCACAGCCCAGCAGGGGCACCACUGCCCCACCGUGGGCAGGCUGAGGGCAGCUGCAUACACACUGACAAGCACUGCCAACCGCCGGGUGAGGCCAAUCCCCGUUCCUCUUCCUGGCCAACAUUUCCAUGUUGCAGUUCAGCCCCAAACCUGUCAAGCCUGUCAGUCACCCCGCAAUCCACGAAGAUCCCGAGACGUUGACGUUAGUUUUAUCCAGGAUAAAUAUGCCGAGAGCCGUGAACUUUCGUCGGGCCGUGGCGUUUUACCAAGUCUUUUUUUCUUUCCAGUCCUAGUUUGGUGUGUGUGGAUCGGCUGCGCUGCACAGGUUAUCAGGUGUCGAUGGAAGCUACAUACAACGCUUGGGGCGGUAAGCCCGGGAAUUUAUUUCCAUUCUUGUUUGCAACUGCAUCAUGCAAGCUCGUCCUGCAAGUCAUGGACAGAUAGCCCUCGGUGAACCCUGCUGUCAGACCAGCACGCAAGCAUUGAUGCGCUGGCGCACACCACCACUUUGACGCCUUUUCUGUCUCCUAUUGCCAAGCUUGCCUGCUGAUCUCGGCCCCUGAUACUUUGCGGCUCUUCUUGUACUUUUGCAGCGUUAGCCGCGGCCGUUGACCACCAGCAAAUCUGGCGUCU